GUCAACUGCAAAUACUUCAAUUUACUACCUAUUAGGCUAUUACAUAUUUUGAUAGUUCUAUGAUUCAAAACGAUAUGAAUUGACUGCCAAUUGUGCUACAAAUUAAUACUCUUCGAAUUUUGUAUCCUUAAUCAAUAAAUUACCGAUGUAUUGAACGCAGGCUUGUAGCGCGUAUUUUGAUAAAGAUAUUGAGGUAUUCUUUGUGAGGUAGCUGUAGGUAGAACUUUGAAACCGACUGCAGCAUGGAAUCAAAGUAUGGACCAAAUUCUAUUGAUGAACCGAAUUUGUUGUAUAAAUUGCAACACAAGACAAAAGUAUUUAACACAACAGAAAAAUUGUCAAAUCGGGGUUACAAUUUGGUGGCCUGUAGCAGCAAAUAUGGCAUUGUUUUCAUUGCUGCUCCUGAUGGGACACUUUCAGUCUAUUCCCUAAAACAACUGAUAUCUAAUGAGACACAACAUACAAAUGUGAAGCUUCAAGAGUGUGCUACGCAUAUUGCUGUUAGUUGCGAUGAUGAACUACUUGCAGUGGCUGGUUCGCAAUCUCUUUCCGUGUUUAAAGUCACAGACUUUCAGAAUCAGAAUGUAUCACCAUCAAUAUUUAUGAAGACCAAUGUGAAUCCAUCAACAUUUGUAUCAGCAUUACAAUGGAACCCUUGCAUACCGGACUCUUUAGCAUUAGCAUUCCAAGAUGGUACCUUACUUGCCUGUCAAGUUACCACAAACCAGGUCAAGAAAGUACAAACAAAAGCGAGAUGUAUUUGUUGGAGUCCAAAAGGGAAACAGUUGGUGACAGGCAACAAUGACGGGACACUGUGUCAGUACAAACCAGACUUGACUCUUGCAAAAACAAUACCAGCUCCGAUGUUACCUGAAGGAUCGUCAAUUGAAGCAUUAGCUGUGUAUUGGAUAUCCACUUUUCAAUUUGCUGUCGUUUAUAAAAGUAUUGGCGAUGACAGCCGGCCAUCGGUUACAAUAGUGAAUGCUGGAAAGACGGGACAACCUACUUGCCUCAAUUAUGAAGAUGUAUGUUUCAGUAUGGGCUCUAUCAGGCCCUGGUAUUAUUUUCUACUUGGGAUAGCACAAUGGAAUAUUAUUUUAGCUUCAUCAUCAAACAGUAUGGAAAUAGCAACGCUGGCAUCGACUGACGGUUCCAACUGGAUACAGUGGUGUCAAACAGACGAAGGCAGACCAGAGCUACCAUUGACAGACAAGAAAUUGGAGAAUUAUCCUGUGGGAAUAGCUAUUGACACAUGUGCCAUACAACAACUGCCUUGGGGUGAGAAUGAAACGCUUCCAUACAUGCCGUCCCUGCUGAUCGUUUCACAAUCUGGUCUUCUAACAAUAUUCAAUAUUGUGAACUUGAAUCGAGGAGCCCCUCAAGUUUGUGCCCCACCUCAGCAAUUCACGUUACCCGCAUCAUCGUUAACGAGUGAAAUACCGGGCGAAACACCAGAAGAAGCUUCAACCGUAUCUAUCGUACAGCCCAAGCCUCAAGUAAUCCAACAAGCUCCGGCCCCUCAGCCCAUCCAACAACAACCGAAUCCACCAGCAUCUGUUCCCGCUGUUAGCAAUUUUGCAGCUCAGCCCCAACUCCCGACAAGUGGCUUGAGUGCAUCCAAUGUAAUAAAAGUACCAAAACCGCAAUUUACUUCAAUGUUUGGAUCGGCUGCAACGAAUCAAAAUAGUCAAGCAAUGCCAGAAAAAAAAUCACCACCGCCCAUACAGCAACAACAGCUUCAGCCUUUAUCUCAACCCAAACCACCGGCUGCCGCCAACCAAACAAUACACCAACCGCAACCCAAAGCGGCAGUGGCUCCAACUCCUCAAUCCCCUCAGAUACAGGAGAACGCUGCGCUAAAAGAAGAACAAGAGAGAAUCAAUAAAAUGAAAGCUAACCAAGAAUUAAAGAACAUGCUCGUUAAAGAAGUUAACGAUUUCCAAAUGGAACUGUACAAGUUUAUGGUUAAAACGAGGGAAACUCAAGUUAAGCUUCAACGCGACAUCGAAUCUAUAAGUGCAAAUUUCAAUUUAACUUCGCUAGACUCUGAGCAGCUCAAGAAAGAUUGUUCACUGGAAGACUUAAGGGGCGCGAUAAUACAACUAAAAUUGGAACUUGUCCGCACCUGCGCUCUAGUCGCAGAAGCCCGUACACAUGCUAACACCAAAGAUCUACAACAAUGGACGCAAGCGGAUCCGCUGACAAUAAAAAAAGUUGCAUCAGUGAAGAAACUUGCUUAUUACGUGCGGAAUCAACUGGAACAAGCACAGAAAGCGCUGGAUUAUAAAUGGAACGAAAUAGUCGAGAAUGAUCCAAAUGCCAAACAGGGAAAGUACAUGAUACGUCCAAGACUGGACGACGUGUACCAGCCGCUGGUGAAGCAACAAGAGAUCCUGAGCCGACAACAGACCGUUUUAAGGAACCUGCGUAAUGCACUCAAGGAAUGUGACAUAUUACCGUUAAGCAAAUCUCCGUCGCUGUUGAGAAGCACUCCUUUUAGGAACAAAGAUCCUCUCUCGAAGUUAACGAAGAACAUAUUGAAUAUGAGCAUAGAACCGGAAACGAAGACAAAGAAGCCCCUGCUCACGCCGCAAAAGUACGACGCUUUAAGAGAUAUGCUAUCGAACCAUAAAAUAGUUAAAAUAAAGCCAGUAGACAUUGAAAUGGGACAUCACUUGGCGACGAUGCGGUCUAAGUACGAAAAAUCUAUGCAGGAAAAAGCUCAACAAGCAACAAGCGCGGAAAAAUACGUAAACAAAGAAGUGCAAGUUAAAAUUGAACCUGUUGAAGAAAGCGUGCCCCUUAAAGAUGUUAUUAAAGCUGAACCUAAAAUGGAAACAAAACAAUUUACCGAGACAGUAGCGCCGUUCUCGCCCAUUCAGAGCAAACCCUCAGUACCGGGACUUCAAAACGUCACUAGAACAUUGUUUACCGAACCGAAGCCCGAAGAACCCCGAGUUAGAAUUCCUGUUGAAUCUUUUAAUUUUACUGGAGUUUGCUAUGCACCACCCCCAUUCUCAUACACAUCGCCUGUACCUAAUAUGUCUUCAAAUCAAACGCCUAACAAUGACUUGAAGCAAUUCAUGGGACAGAAAAUAUGCUCACCUAUUUCUCCGUUCUCAAAUCAACCAGCUACUGCGGAAUCGUUAGUGCCGGCCAAUAAGUCGACAGCGAAUCUUGGACUUAGUCAAAAUAGCUUGUCUUCGAGUGCUCAAACACAGCCUGUGGUUUUUGAACCCAAACCUGUGACUGUCGCUUCUGUGAAAUCCAGUGAAACCGGCGAACCUGAAGGUGCAGCAAAACCAGCCGACAGCAAGAAGGUUAAUAAACCUAUUACCAACCUGUUUGGUAUGAAACCAACUACCCCAUUUGCACCCACCAUCUCUAAUGUACCGGACGUUUUGAAAAGUCAUCAAGAAGUACCGAAUACAGAAGUGAGAGCCGUCGUGAAGCACAAUGAAAACGCGAUAGAGAAACCAAAAGAGAACAUAGCGGCCAAAGUCAACGAUGAAUCUAAAGUCGUUCAAAAGAUUGCCGAAAAAGAAAAUGUUCCUAAAACGUUUGUCCCGCAAAUAGUUAAACCGUCACCGCUGAUACCGGUAGUUCAACCAGUUGCAACAAGUUCGAAUGUACUAACAACGCAGACCAUUCCGAUUAAGCUAGAAAUGAAAUCUGAAACAGCCAAGCAGCCUGAUACUCCAGCCACAUCUAGUACAACUUCGAUAUUCAGUGCCGUGAACGAAUCUUCCAAGCUAAUAGCCGCUUCAACUACUUCACCGAUCCAGCCGAAACCUGAUGUGCCUACAAAGGAUGAACUUUCAACAGAAACUAACACUGCAUCACCAGCGACGACUUCUGCUGUCUCCAUUUUUGGAACAGCCGUCGCAUCACAACCAAAAACUACAGCAUCUAGCUCAAUAUUCAGUACAGCUACGCCUUUUAGUGUUACAACACAAAAUUCUAUAUUUGGAGGAUCUGCGACGGGUUCCAUAUUUGGGACACCACCAGCCACGACCAGUGAGUCACCAAAACCAUUGGUGCUUAGCGCACCGAAACCGGUCACAUCAGUAUUCGGAACGCCUGUACCUGUAUCGACCGCAGUACCUAGCGCGAGUGUGACAGCGACCUCAACUAUGGCAGCAACAACGACCUCAACUGCGGCGGCCACAACGUCUUCAACUGUUGCCUUUGCCUCAGCAACAUCAUCGGUAUUUUCGGCGUCCGCGACCACACAGUCGUCAACACUUAGCCCGACAACUGCAUCUUCGAUAUUCGGAACUAGCGCAGUCACAACCCAAGCUUCAGCUUUCGGCACACCCACGACAACUGCGAGUGUGUUCACGCCUACCACAAGCGCCCCAUCUCUAUUCGGGACUGCGACUACAACGACUCAAAGCGUAUUCGGUAGCGCUGCAUCAGACACACAAGCCUCGUCCAUAUUUGGAGCUGCGGCGAAUCAGUCGUCAGUGUUUGGCCAACCUUCGACCCAAGCGUCGGUGUUUGGAACGCCAACCUCGGCUGCGCCGGCUGCGGCAUUUGGAUCGCCGAGCCAAACAACACAAACAUCGUUGUUUGGUACUGCGACGCCAACGACUUCGGCGUCCGUUUUCGGCGCCCAAACGACUCAACCGUCCUUGUUCGGUAGUCCGACUCAGACGAGUCAAGCCUCUGUGUUUGGGACUCCGUCGCAAAACAAGGCCUCCGUGUUCGGGACCCCCGCUGUCACUCAGCCCUCAGUGUUUGGUAGCUCCACCCAGCCAGCUCAAACAUCUGUGUUCGGAAGUAACACGCAAACGACGCAGGCGUCUAUAUUCGGUACUCCGACGUCUACAACUCAAGCAUCGUUAUUCGGAACUCCGACGACGGCGGCCCAGAGCGGUUCUCUGUUUGGAGGCGGUGAAUCUAAUUUAUUUGCAGCCGCAAGUAUCUCGACUACAAGCGCUGCGUCUCCGACCGCCGGCGGGAAUAUAUUUGGAGGGUCGUCGGGGUCUAUUUUCGGUAGCAGCGGUACUAAUGUUUUCGGAGGCAGUACAACCUUUGGUCAGUCAAAUUCUAGUGCGUCUUCGAUAUUCGGCAGUAGAACUACGUUUGGAGAUAAACCCGCUACGAAUUUGUGGGGAUCCGGUAACGCCGCUGGCAACACUGGCUUUGGCACAACUGGAUUUGGUCAACAGACAACAACACAGGGCUCGUCGAUAUUUGGGAACAGUUCCGGUGGUAGCUUCAGCUCGCCUCAGUCCGGCCAAGCCUUCGGUGGCACCCAACAGACUUCGCCAUUCGGUAGCGCCGAAACUAAGCCUUCAGUUUUCGGAUCUCCGCAACAGCAAGCGGCUCCCGGCUUUGGUAGCCCUGCUGCAUUCGGUUCUAAGCCAACAUUCGGUCAGUCUGCUGGUUUUGGUUCUCCUACGGGUAGUGGCUUUGGGUCUUUCGGUGGAUUCAACAAGAGCCCGAACAGCGGAUUCGGAGCGCCGGCUUCGUUCGGUUCUGGAAGCGUGUUCGGCGGCACUCCGGCCUUCGGGAACACCUCCCCCGGGAAAAUGUUUGGGGGAAUGGCCAGUCCUAUAUCAGGUUUCGGGUCUACACAGUCGAACUCGACUUUCGAGAAUUUAGCGACGCAGAACACCCUCACGUUCGGUAAUCUAGCUCAGCAAUCUGGUCAGCAACAACAGCAACAAGCUCCAAGUUUCAAUACGUCUCCAUCGUUCACUGGCUGGCGCGGCUAAAGAGUGCUACGCGAGAAACGAAAUCUACCCAUCAAACGAAAGUAGGGAAGCAGCUUUAGUCUGAUUUGCAAUAGUAAAUAAUUAUGUAUGAUUAUCCGAUGUUUACGUCAGUGAGUUUUAUAAUCGUGUCGCUUUAUUAAAGUGCUUAUAUAAGAA